AUGCUGAUGUCUGGGCUGAUCCAUUGCCUCCUCCUGGCUGGGACCUGUCUCUGUGUCUGUGGAACCCCUGUCCACCUCUCAAACUUCACUCCCACGCAGGACAGCAACUGUGAUGGGGAGUGUGACAGCUCUGUAGAAACUACCAGGUCAACACGCACCACAGAUGUAAAGUCUAAACCCUCUGAUACAGAAUAUGUGACUGGCCUGAUAUUGAAUGAAGGUGCGGGAGGAGGGGCUGGCCCACAUGGGCGACCUGAGGGAAUAGCUCCAGCGACGCAGACAGAAAACGGGGACAGCAUUGAUGGAAGAUCUGGGCCGAGCAAGGCUGGAGGAGAGGCAUGGAGCCAAAACAGGGAGGUAAAGAAGGUCAGGAGCACGUCUGAAAUGGGAGACGCUGAAAGUCAUUCAGUGGAUGCUUCAGUUCUGUCUGUGGAAUCAGAGAGUACUGAGGAUGACAUAUCUGUCAUUGAUGAGCAUAAAUCGCCUUCUACAGGUGGGAGGGAGCAGCUGGACUUAGAAGACAUGAGUACUACAAGAUUGAAUCUAGGUGGAUUUCUGGCCUCCUCUAUAGCACCACCACAGCUGGAGACUUCAUACAGCCAACAGAACAACCAAGGUGGAGUGGACAGAACAAGACUCCCUGAUGGUGGUGGUGAUGGAAGUGAUUCCCUCCAGAGAAAAGACCUAGAAACAAGCUUGCCUUCCUUUACAGAACCUCCAAACCCUUCUUCACGGGUACAGGGACUGACCUCCCACAGUCCCAUCCCUCAUUCGAUCUUCGUCUCCCUGCAAUCGUCCACACCUUUGACACUUUGGGGCCAUGAUGGAGCAACAAUAUCCUCACUCCCUGACCUCUUCUUACCUGAAAUCGGUCCAAACCUGAUGCCCAGAGAGGAAGGACCAGAAAGCCUGUGGACUGAGGCCGCGAGACCUGGUGGAGUGGACACUGUGGUCCCACUGUCUCAGGACGAAGCCACAGAGGGCACUAUGUCAUCAGAAGCUCUCCCUCUCAUCUUUGAGCCUUUUGAAGAUGUUACACCAGAGGGGGCAGCAGCAGUGGUCACACCGGUGCCUGGCAGCACUCAGCCUCCUGCUGCCAUGGCGACUGGAGGGAUGCCUCUAUCAGAGGUGGAUCUGGACCAGCUGGUCACAGUGGAGACAGACAGCGAUGGUCCCUCGCGUGCCCCACCCCUGCUGAUGCCAGACUGGACGUCACCUUGGCAGACAUCCGGCGCCGAGCUCCCGGAACCAAUCGGCUCCUCCGUUCCGUCUGUGUCACAGCGACAGGAUGGAGCUGAGCUGGAGGAUCAUUCUGAGAGUGGUGAGAGAGUUGCUGUGAGGACACCAAACCUUGAAGAGUACUUGCCCACCACUGGCCCCUCCCUGUCAUCCUUCCAGCAUUCUAGGACAACGGUUACCAUGGCAGCCCAUCAGCCUGUUCACAAAUCUAGAUCAGGGUUAGAAGAGAUGGAGUCUGAGGAGGAGCAAGGUGAGGAUGAGGAGGACGAGAACUCUGAGGAAUCGGUGGAGGAGGAAAGCGAUGAAGACCUGACAGACACACCCAAAACAUCCUCAACGCCUCCCCCUUACAGCCUCAUCCCUCCACCUCCUGUCUGGGUUCAACGCAACCAGGGGCUCAUGCGGAGCUGGGUAGAGCUGAUCAGAGAAAAGGCGGGUUAUGCAUCUGGGAUGUUGGCCCCUGUGGGCAUUGGCAUCACAGGGGCCCUGCUAAUCGUUGGCGCCCUCUACAGCAUCAGGAUGAUUCACCGCAAGAGGAGGAACAGCUUCAAACACCAGAGGAGGAAGGUCAGACAGCCAGAGCAACCUCGAGAGCCCGGCACUAGUCGUCAGGACCAGGCCAUGCUGCUGGCUGACAGCUCCGAAGAUGAAUUCUGAUGAGUCUGUUUUGGGCUCCUUUGUCUGUGACCCCUGAUGCUCCUGUAAUGGAUGCUCGGCGAACAUCACCAUUGCCAUGACUACCACAUCUCCAAUCACCCUGGGCUGUGACUCAUCUGAUCCACACAGUGUGACUAAUUAUUGGGCACAAUUUGCACAGGCUGCACAAUGGUCGGCUUUGUACCCCCCACCCUUCCCCAAACUACCAAUGUGGGCACUUUUUUGAAUGUUGUCAGGCGAUGUUGACUUUAAUGGCUUGGCAGGGCUGGUGUGAUGCACUUUGACUUAAAAAAAAUAAACAAAAUAAUGCUAUUCGUUAAAACUAAAUGCAUUAGCAGGGUAUUGGCUGGAUGAUAGUGUUGCUGGUAAACAGAGGUUUUGUGGAGUGAAGGGGGGACAGUGGAGUGGACGGCGAGGUUUCUGUCAAGUAAUAAAAGGGCUGUAGAAGAGUUACAUUACACAAUCUAUGUAAAUAUAUAUAUAUAUACUUUAUAUGUAGCUGACUUGGGGUCAGUCAUCUUAGUGUAAAUUAAGGAUUAUUUCUAGCUAAACAAGUUAGCAUUUUGGGAAAAGUAAUUGCUUUUUGGCAGCGAGUUGGAUAAGAGAAUGGAUACAGCCAUUUUAUUUGUCCAUUAGCUCGAGGUAGCAUGUGAUUAGUUAAGCAAGAUUUCUCACAUUUAAGAAAUCUUUGCAUACAGUUAAUAUCCAUCAACACAGUUUAAAUGUGAAUUGUGUGGAAAUGUAAAUGUUGUAAAUUGUCAUUUGUCCAUAAAAGUUACUGUUAGAAGCAUACAAAAUACCAUCACCCUAAAAGUAUGUAGCAUAUAACAGAUGUUCAUGCAGUGUAACUCUGAUAUGAACUCACUCUUUUGCAACUUGCAUAAUCGUUCAUUUUUUUAUGUGCAUGACGUCAAUUCAUACCAAGACCAUUGCUGAGACUUUUUCUUUUCUACUCGAGUGUUUCUCUUUUUCUGGAAAAGCACAAACAUUGGAGACAUUGUGGUAGAGAGUUAACCUUUGAAGAGGUUAAGUUUUUCUUUUCUUUAACCAGCUCAGUUUGCACAAAAGCAUUUUUUUUCUUUGUCCACACAGGGGCAGUUGAAGGAGAUAUUUUGCCCAUUGUGAAAUGGACAAGAUGGGUCAGAUUAAGUUUGAGUCCUUCCUUUUUUGAGGAAAAUAAGAGGAAUCAAUCAAUAGUAACUUCUCUGCUGUAGUUCAAAAAUAAUGCAAGAAAUAUUUCAACACCUUUUGUAAGACCAAUGGCGUUAACACAAGUUCUUGUCUUUUGUUUAAAGAAAACAUUUUCUGUAAGUUCAUGAGCCAUGUAGGAUGCUUACUGUAUAACUGCCUGUAUAUAUGCAAUAAUACUGUUUUAGGAUAAGUGUGAUGUAAAAUAGUGACACAUUGUUGUCCCUAUGUAGAUAUGAAACAAUGUGAUUCAAUAUCAAAUAAAACAAAUAUUUUAAACGUC